AUGACUGCUCCUUUGAUCCUCAAGUACCACCACAUAGAUAACCAACAAGAUCCAAAUCCGAACCCGACCCGCCUCUCCUCCUCCAUCCAAGAAGCCAAAUCAAUCGCCAAAAUAUCUCUCCCAAUAAUCUUAACCGGUUUACUCCUCUACUCUCGCUCAAUGAUCUCAAUGCUUUUCCUCGGCCGUCUCAACGAUCUCCCUGCUCUCUCCGGCGGCUCACUCGCCAUCGGCUUCGCCAACAUCACCGGCUAUUCUCUCCUGUCCGGUCUCUCCACCGGCAUGGAACCCAUCUGCGUUCAAGCCUUUGGCGCCAAAAGAUUCAAACUCUUAGGCUUUGCUUUGCAAAGAACCAUACUGUUACUCCUCCUCUCUUCUCUUCCCAUCUCCAUCCUCUGGCUCAACAUCAAGAAGAUCCUUUUGUUCUUCGGACAAGACCAAGAAAUCUCGGACCAGGCAGAGAUCUUUAUCCUCUUCUCUCUCCCUGAUCUCAUCCUCCAAUCUUUCUUGCAUCCUCUCCGUAUCUACCUCCGAUCUCAAUCCAUCACUCUCCCUCUUACAUACUCUGCUUUCUUCGCUGUACUCCUCCACAUUCCCAUCAACUACCUUCUUGUUUCUUACUUCGGUCUUGGCCUUAAAGGAGUAGCAUUGGGAGCAAUAUGGAGUAAUGUUAACCUACUAGGGCUUCUGAUCCUCUACAUCGUGUUUUCCGGUGUUUAUGAGAAGACUUGGGGAGGAUUCUCAAUGGAUUGCUUUAAAGGGUGGAGGUCUUUACUGACAUUAGCAAUCCCUAGCUGCGUUUCUGUUUGUCUAGAAUGGUGGUGGUACGAGAUCAUGAUUCUUCUUUGUGGACUGUUACUUCAGCCGCAAGCAACCGUCGCGUCUAUGGGAAUCUUGAUCCAAACCACAGCUUUGAUCUACAUUUUCCCAUCAUCUCUUAGUUUCAGUGUCUCUACACGCGUGGGGAACGAGCUAGGCGCGAAUCAGCCUGAUAAAGCAAGGAUAGCUGCAAGGACUGGACUCUAUUUAAGCCUAGGUUUAGGGUUUUUCGCCAUGUUUUUCGCUUUUAUGGUGAGGAAUUGCUGGGCAAGAUUGUUCACUGAUGAGAAAGAGAUUUUGAAGUUGACUUCCAUGGUUUUACCGAUCAUCGGGCUAUGCGAGCUAGGGAACUGUCCUCAGACAACAAUGUGUGGAGUUUUGAGAGGAAGUGCUAGACCUAAAUUAGGAGCAAACAUUAACUUGUGUUGUUUCUACUUUGUGGGAAUGCCUGUGGCUAUAUGGUUAAGUUUCUUUAGUGGGUUUGACUUCAAGGGACUGUGGCUUGGUCUCUUUGCAGCUCAAGGCUCCUGCCUUGUUUCGAUGUUGGUCGUGUUGGCUAAGACUGAUUGGGAAGCUGAGGUUCUUAGGGCAAAAGAACUCAUGAGUAGUUCAUGUGAUGAUGGCGAUGGUGAAUAUGAUGAUGAUAGCGGAAGCAAUAGGACACCAUUGUUGUUGGAUUCUUUGGAUAUAGAAGAAAGUGACUGCAGGCAUUUGAAUGUGUUCUAA